UUUAGCUGAAACAUAAUACUAUAUAGAAGCUUUAGUUGAUGUCUUACUCCACCAUCCUCAGCCACAACAGCUUCCUCUCUCUCGCUACAAAGUUCACUACUCGUGGAUCUCGUCAACAUCAUCGCAAUCCACUCUGUACACUAUCAAUGGCUAGAUCUGCGGUUGAUGAGACAUCAGACUCCGGAGCAUUUCAAAGAACUGCAUCAACGUUCCGUAACUUCGUCUCAAGAGAUUCCAAUUCUCAGUUUCCAGCUGAAUCUGGUAGAUACCAUCUUUACAUAUCUUAUGCUUGUCCAUGGGCUUCUAGAUGCAUCUCAUACUUGAAGAUCAAAGGACUUGACGAUGCAAUAAGCUUCUCGUCUGUUAAACCCAUUUGGGGAAGGACCAAGGAAAGUGAUGAGCACAUGGGAUGGGUCUUCCCGGAUUCAGACGCUGAGGUUCAAGGAGCUGAUCCUGACCAUCUUAAUGGUGCUAAGAGUGUAAGAGAUCUCUAUGAGAUUGCUAGCCCAAACUACACCGGGAAGUAUACUGUUCCUGUUCUGUGGGAUAAGAAGCUGAAGACUGUUGUGAACAAUGAGAGCGCUGAGAUUAUCAGGAUGUUCAACACCGAGUUCAAUCAUAUUGCUAGAAACCCUGAUCUUGAUCUUUACCCUUCUCAACUCCAAGCUAAAAUCGAUGAAGCUAAUGAAUGGAUUUACAGUGGGAUUAAUAAUGGUGUCUAUAGGUGCGGUUUUGCAAAGAAACAAGAACCUUACGAGGAGGCAGUGCAACAAGUGUAUGAAGCAUUAGAUAGAUGCGAGGAGAUUCUUGAAAAGCAUCGUUACAUCUGCGGUAACACUCUGACUGAAACAGAUAUCAGAUUGUUUGUGACACUAAUAAGAUUUGACGAGGUUUACGCGGUUCACUUCAAAUGCAACAAGAAACUCUUAAGAGAGUAUCCGAAUCUGUUCAACUACACGAAAGACGUAUUUCAAGUCCCUGGUAUGAGUAGCACCGUGAACAUGAAUCACAUCAAGCAGCAUUACUAUGGAAGCCACCCUUCGAUCAACCCUUUUGGGAUCGUCCCUCAGGGGCCAAACAUCGAUUACUCCUCGCCUCAUGAUCGACACAGAUUCUCCAAAUGAUAAAUAACCAGUCUUUCGCACUUGAGUUCUGUCUUCAGAAGUUUCCAAAUAAAGUUUGUCUUUGAAUAGCAUAUACUUUGAGAAAAAUAAAAGCCUGAUGUUUAUCAUGUUACAGUUUGCAGACUUGCAGUCUCAGAAGUUGAGACCUGAGACAAUGUUGGUCUGAUCAUAAAUAAACUUUUCUUCCGAAUACAA